AUGAAAGAAAAUGGCGAUCAGCCACUCCCUAAGCCACGGAGGCGCCGCCGCCGCUGCUUCAUCGUUGGCGGGUCGAUUCUACUUUUAUUCUUCAUCCUAUUCAUAGUCAUUCUCAUCCUAGCUUUGACAGUGUUCAAGGCUAAAGAACCUAAGGUCCAGGUUAUCUCAGCUUCCCUAGAAGGCGUUUCUCCUCGCAUCUCAUUCCCAGUUAUCAAUAUUGAACUCAACAUCACUCUUAACCUCACGCUUCGAAUCCAAAACCGAAAUUACGCCAGCUUCAAGCACGGCCCUGGAAAGAGUUUUAUUCUUUACCAUGCAAAAGAGGUGGGAGAAGUAGACCUGGACCCGGGUGUUAUACCCUCUAGGGGGUCAACGACGACUCCGUGCAGGCUUACUAUAGAGGUGGAUGAGUUAGCAUCAAAUCUGAUAAGCUUGAUCGGUGAUAUAUUGUCUGGACAACUUGUUAUGGAAACACGUACAAGAAUUCCAGGGCGGAUUAAUUUCCUGGGGGUAUUCAAGAAGCAUGCUGUUGCUAAAUCUGCAUGCGAGUUCACCUUUGCUUUUCCUGCCAUGAAGAUUAAAAACCUGAAGUGCAAGAGCAAGACCAAGUUAUGA